AUGGCUCUAAGUAUUCUGUCUAUAUAUAGUCGAGUAGCAGCACUGGCUAACAGUGCGCCUAUGCUUGAAGCUUUGCCUCUCUUGCUCGGUCUACUGCCACACAGCGACGAAGACUUGGACGACGUAGAUGCAAACAUGGCAGGCAGGAUGCAGGACGAUACGCUUGAGUGCAUCCUUGGAGUGGUAACUACUAGUGCAGGCGCUUCGCUCCUGGUGCAGCAAUACGGGUCUCCUUUGCUCCGGUCGAUUAUGGUGCUAGCGGCACAGGACAUCACCACACCGUGCGUCGCCGACAUUCUAGAUCGUCUGUGUGCAUGCGAAAUCAAUCUGUUCACGAGCGUGCCUGCGUCAGAGAGAGUGUAUAUCCGCGACAGUUUUGUGCCAAAACUGGCCGAGCAGUUUCACACUAGACAAGACGCCUAUAAGUUUCGUCUAUGUCGAAUCUUGGAACGUAUGCUGUCUGCAUUCACUGAUUGCCACGUGCUCAUUGGCGACGGAGACGUCGCGCAGAGCGUCACUGUACGGCACAUUCGCUGUGGUUUGCGAAGUCUUCUCACAAAUAAACUGGACGCGGCCAACCGCAAGCACGCGCUGGGACUCGCAGCGGUCAUGAUGCGCUGGAGUGGGGGGGUGCAGUGGAUAUUCACUGACCCAAACGAUGAAGUAUCGGUACCGGUACAAACUGGGGAUAAAGGACAGGACAAGGAGAGUGUGGGGCGGGCUGGGGUGACGAGUGCGGCGGGUGUGGUACUGCCGAGGGCCAAGGUGCAGUUGUCCGAAGCGUAUAGCGCCAACACUCCCCACUUGGACAGCGGAGAGCGAAAGAUAUUCCUGCUGACUCUGGCUACUCACCUGGCAUGCGCUGAGGCCCGUCUUGCACUGGACGCCUUCGGCGAGGCCGAUGUGAAGCUGUACGAUCACGUACGCGCUAAGGAUGUGAAGUCAAAGAUAUAUCACACACUUUUGGAACAACAGAAUACGCGCCUCGCACUCCUGUCCGUGUGCUUUGAGUUGCUAGAAACGAGCAUCGUUACCAUGGUGACCAACCACCCCGAUGAUUCUGGAUUUGAUUGGCUGCUGGUGUUUGCGGCCAAAGCGCGGGGUCCCAUUACCGAGUGCGUGGAGAGUGUGCUGCAGUUUCUGUCAGAUGUCUAUGAGCACCUUCAGAACAGACUCAAGACAUACACAGAUAGUAGCUCGUCGGUUAAAGCAAAGCGUGCUACGAGUUCGGGACAGGACGGAGAGGUGCUGCGAUUGAGGCCAAGCCGACUGCAACCACGUGUGGAGAAGGUAUGUGCUGCCGAGGACGAGAGAGUCGGGGAUGCGAACAGCGCUGUGCACGAUGCAGGAGACAACGGCACUGCAGUAAACGACCUUACACACAUCACUGACAGGACGAGUAAGGUCAUCGAUAUGGGCGCGGGCGAACCGGUUUGUCCCGUUAUCACCAAAGAUGCGUGCCAGGAGACGGGGACUGAAGAGAGUGUGCCGGUCGAUGGUGUAGGUAUACCCGCGAGUGAUGGUUACACAGAGGCGCUGCAGCUGGCGUGUGUGCGGGUGGUGGGGGCAUACUUUGCGGAGGAGACUGAUGAUCUGCAGACGAAGCUACAAAGCACCAUGCCUGCACUCAUGUCUCUGUGCCGCCACGGCGGUAGCACUGGACCUGCUACUACCAGGAGUACCGAACAGCACUCCGCGACCGACGCCAAGCAAGACCAAUCCGCAAGUAGUAGAACGGGAGUGGGCUCUCAGGCGCGAACGCGCACAGGUGCAGAUACAGUUGCGGAUGGGGCCAGCGCAAUGCGUGCGCCAGACGGCUCAGUGGAUGGUGGCGAGUGGGUGGCCCUCGGGAUGUUACUGCCUAUGCUGUUGAAUGUCUCGUGCGAUACGGACGGGGGUGGGCAACGGGCGUUUAUUGCGGCAGAGGGGUUGGAGGUGGUGGGGAAGGGGUUGCUGAGGGUACUACAGGCCCGGAAGACGUGUGUGGACUAUCAAGGGAGUUCACAUGAAGGUGCCGAUGGGGUACAGAGUGGUACUACGGCCCAGACAGUCGGCCGGGAUAUAGUGCGCGGUCACACAAGGAUAGGUGACGGGGCGGAUACGACACACUCCCCGGCUGAAACGACAAAUACGACUAAAGAAAGGACAACUACGACUGAAGAACGGACAAGUACGACGACAAGUGCGACUAAAGAAACGACAAAUACGACUGACGAGACAAUACAAACAAAGGGUGCAGCUCGUGCUGCCUCGUCGCACAGCCUUGAGCACGUGAGUGCGGAUGGAUGUGGAAAUGGAGUGUUGCGUGGCUUUGGUGACAUAGCUUCGCUCUCCUUCCUGGAGAACUCCGUCAAUGUGAUGCUGAACGUGGCGGUGCUAGAUGGCGCGGUACAGUGCUUCCGGCCAGUAUACACUGACUUGGCUCGGGGCCUUAUUGAGUCGCCUCCAGAAGAACUAUUUCUCCGCGUGUGCUCGUGUGCACUGUUGGCCUUUAUAGUGCAGCACACGGUAUCCGAGCGCAACAGGGGCAUAUCUGCCACUCCCGGAUUCCAAGCAGGUGUAGUGGAUAUGCUUCAGUUUGUUUCCGCCACGUGCGAAACUCUCUUGCGAGAUUGCAUAUCAAAUGCUCAGCCAGCACCGUCCCAACGCUCGCAAACUGGUACUACCGUUGAACCAAAGGAUGUUGAACUUCCGCUGGGCAAUGUUGGCAAGGUACUUGUACCGGCGGGUUACGACUACGAGGGGAUCAGAGAACCUUGGUUCCUGUGCAUGCAGGCGUUAGCAGGGUGUGUGCGCGUGCUGCCCUCAGCACAAGUAACCGCUGCGGUACUAGAGACCGGGGCGUUGCACACAAUCACAUCGGCGGUGGGGAGGAGAAGUGAGCGGCAGUUGAAAGCCGUGCCUGACCUUGUCAUGGCGUGUACAGGGUUGGCCGAGGCGGUGGCUACCCAUUGUCCGGCUGCGGCUGCGGCUGCGGCUGCGGCUGCGAGUCUGUAA